UAGAAGUGGGUUCUGCGCAGAGCGCAGUGCUGACGCGCCUGAACACCAUCGAUCGUGUCAUGUGACGGAGCGUUGUGUGUUCCGGUGUUUGUUUUCCUUCAGGUGCUGAGUCAUGGCUGACGAUUUGAAGCGGUACCUGUACAAACAGCUGCAGAGUGUUGAAGGUCUUCACGCCAUCGUGGUGACAGACAGAGAUGGUGUCCCUGUCAUUAAAGUGGCCAAUGAUAACGCCCCCGUGCACGCACUACGACCCGGCUUCCUGUCCACGUUUGCUCUGGCCACGGAUCAGGGCAGCAAGCUGGGCCUGUCCAAAAACAAGAGCAUCAUCUGCUAUUACAACACCUACCAGAUUGUGCAGUUCAAUCGGUUACCGCUGGUCAUCAGCUUCAUCGCCAGCAGCAGCGCCAACACAGGGCUGAUCAUGAGUCUGGACAAGGAGCUGGCUGUGCUGAUCGAUGAGCUGAAGCAGGUGGUGGAGGUGGCUUGAGCUCCAGCAGACGCUGCUCCCUCGUGAUGCUUUCAAGGGCUGUAGGAAAACCCACAUCGUGCCGUCGUUCUCUGGAUGAGGCUUCUGCAAAUCAUCAGUUUUAAAAAUGUGUAAUAAAUGUUUCAUUUUCAGCACCAGA